GUGGAAUCAUUGAAACAUCGGAGCUGACCUCACGCCCGUAUUUCUAUGUACUGUUGACUUCACAGACCAAACCAAAAAGUAUUUUAAUCAGUUUCAGUACACUAAAACAGUUUUGGACAACAUGAAGCGGAUAGGGUACUGGGUUACCGACAAAAAGUUUAAAAAGAUGAGAUUUGCAAGUUUUCAUGAUAUUUGCAGGGAUGCAGGCUAUGAAGCUGUCAGGAUAAAAGAGCCAGAAGAUCUGGAAAAACAGGGUCCAUUUGAUGUAUUUAUUCACAAACUCUCUGAUGACAUAGGGUCAGCAUUAGAUGGGGAUGAGGAGGCCAAAGAAUUAGUCCAAAAGUUUCAGUCCCAUUUCCAGAGAUGUCCCUCUUUACUGGUAAUAGAUCCCUUUGAUAAGGUGGCCAGGAUGAUAGAUAGAAGGGAACAAUACCAGGCUGCCAGAGACUGCUUUCAGAAACUUCAAGAUGAUCAAUAUUUUAUACCAAAUUUUGUUGAACUCACAAACACAGAUGUGUCAAGUAACAAGAAGCUUAUUGAGCAAGCAGGAAUAACAUUCCCUUUUAUAUAUAAACCUGCUGCAGCUCAUGGUUCAGCAGAGUGUCAUCAUCUUGCAGUUGUAUUCAAUGAAGAUGGCCUACGUGACCUCCCGCCUCCGUGUGUAGCCCAGAAUUUUACAAAUCACGACGCUGUGUUGUAUAAAGUGUAUAUAAUAGGGGACCAUAUCCAAGUGGUGAAGCGCCCAUCUCUUAAAAAUUUUAAACAGGGAGGUAGCAAAGAAUCUACUGUGUUUUUUGACAGUUAUGGAGUGUCCAAACCCAACUCAAACUCGCAUUUAAAUAAGUUGGAUCUGAAGGAAGAAGAACCCAGUGAUAAAACUGUGCUGCUGUCUCCAGAUCUAGACAAAGUACGCAAGAUGGUGACUGCGCUGCGUAGCUCUCUCAAACUAGAACUGUUAGGAAUCGACCUGAUCAUAGAGAAAACAACUGGAAGAUAUGCAGUGAUAGACAUCAAUUCAUUUCCAGGUUAUGAUGGAGUAGACAACUUCUUCGAAGUACUUUUAGACAUGUUAUCAAAGAGGCUGCAGCCAAAUGAACGAGAAGGUACCAGAAAAAGAAAGUCUUCUGAGCCAUUGGAAAAAGAUCUGCACACCUGAUUAUGACAAUUUCAUCGAGUAGUAAGAGCUGCUGAACUGCAAUGACAUCCACAGAGUCUUAAAUUUUUAUAGAGCCAUAUUUUUAAUCUAAAUUUACGACAGAUAAUUAUCGAUCUUCAGUGGUGUGUUCAGAGCAAGGUGAAAUGUGCAACAUCAAAACACUUCAGAGACCAACAGGUUUUGCCACCAUAUAUUAUAUUUAUUUUGAAUACAAUAUACUGAUGAUAAAAUUAUUUGGUUCACAUUGGUACUAGACUCAGUGACCUCACAAGGUCAAGGUCAGUCGGGAGAGGGAUAGGACAUUCUGUAAUCUCAGAACUAUAUAUGUGAGUAAGUGAACAACAUUUAUUGGAUCUUAUAAGCAGCAAAGCUAUCCAUUAAUAUGAAUACUUUCAUAGAGAAUAGAAAUAAGUACUAAAAAUUCAUCACAUUUCACUUGUGAAGGUAGUUAUGCUUGUGCUCUUGUUUUGUCUUGAACUUUGAAUUGACUGAAUUGUUUGCCCAGUGCCAAACCUGCAAAUUUAUCUUAUAUUUAUUGGUGUUGUGUAAAGUGAGUCUUUAUCCAUAGAUAUAUGUGUACAGUGGCCAGUCAGGACCUUAAAUUUCAAAGUCUAGUGGAGAAUUACCUUAUAAUAGCAGCCAGCAAAACCUUUGCUUUCUUCAUUGAACAGUAACGAAGAGUGGUAAAGGUGUACGUACCCUGUACCAGGGCCACAGAAUGAUUUUUCACUAGAUAUUUACAUAUGUCUCCAGCUAACUCUAUACACUUUUCUCUGCUGCAAGAAUUGAUGUAUGAAAAUUCAUGUCAUUCCUCAGUAAAGAGUAGUAUAUGUAGGUCAGAUUCUUUUAAUAGUCUGAAGCUUACGUGUAGCAAGUAUCUCUGUUUACUCAAAAUAAUUUCAGACUCAUGUUAAUUUGAGUAAUAGGAUAUAUAUUUGCGUGUAGAUAUUCUUGAAAUGUACACCUUAAGUUGUAACUAAGGCACUCCACUAGUGACACAUUUACUCUUCUUCAUGCCAGCAUUAACCAAAUGUUUACUUAAUGUCAUCAUUCACAAUUUCUGAUAUUUAUUGUGUGAGACCAUUCUUGAAACUAUUGUCAUAAAUUAAUUGCUUAAAUUUUGAACUGAAACAUAGUCAAACUUUUUGUAUUAAGUAAAAAUGUAAACUUCUUUGUGUGAGGGUAAUUGUUUUUCUACAAGGUAUACAAAUAAAUUAUUAUUUUGUACAAUAAUUCAAUAGUUCAGAAGU